AAAAAAAUUUACCAAACAUUGUUUUGAAACUAGAAGCUAGGAAUGUAAAACUUAAACCGUAUAAAUAAGGAACAGGUAUGAGGACCGUCAUAUCGUGUGGUGUUUGGUAGGCUCCGUAUAUACAAUUUAAUCUUUGGCACUUUUGCAGAAAUUGUUCAAGAAAUGAAAGGUCUUGUCGUGUUUGUACUUGUUCUGUUCUGUCUUGGUUUGGUACCAGAAACAGAAGCAACGGUAAGUGUAUAUGACAGUUUACAGUGAAUUAAAUUAAGCAAUAUCGAGAAAUGUCUGUUGACGCUUACGGCAACCCAUCAAUUGAAUAAGUUGAAUCUCUUUCACGGCUUGUUUGCACUUGCAAUUCUCGCCGAGAUUUCUAGUGAGAUUUUCUUCUGCAUGUGAACGAGCGCAUGAGAAUUUUCCGAGUACAUGCAUGUACCACUCUCAUCUGAACAUUCAUAACUCAUCCACUCGUUCACAUCCAUCAGAAGGAGAAAAACUAAUUUUCUUCCUGGGAGCACAACCUGGAGACAUACAUUUCCUGCAGACCAACGGAGUAUUUUUGUGCUAAAUCUGCAUCUGCAGACUAGGUGAUUUGGGGGCGGGGCGGAGGAUGCGCGAGGGAAAAAAUAGAAGGCCUAGUGGAUUUCCCAACAACAAGGCCAAAACUGCCGUGAAACUGCCCUGGUUGCGAAAUGCCCAAUUGUUGCGUUCUCAAACAGAAUUAUUUGCAACUUAACAGCGAAUUUAAACCGAUACAGGUAAAAUAAACUCAUUUAUAGUAUAAACUUACUAUUUUUAUUUGUAUACACGCCUAGAAAAUCGGGUUUUUUAUCAUAAAGUUUGAAGCAACGCUAUUAUUAUGUUGCGAAAGGUCAAAAUGAGUCAAAAUAUUACUACAAAAUAGAACUUAGUUUAGUCAUAAAAUGUUUUUAUAGUUAAUGUAAUAACUACUGGACAGUAUAAAUUGCUUUAGUUGUUGGUUUCUGAUCAAUUUCGGAUCACAAAGUUAUGGGGCUAAUUUGAGAACUUGUGAAAUCUACUAGGCUUUCACGAGGCAAAUGACCAUUGCGAUAAUUACCAGCCGAGUAAAGGCCUAGGUCUAGGCUGUGUCAACCAUAUGUUGUUGCGCCCAAAGUGGGACAAUGGUUUUCAAGCACAAAUCUUCAUUCGAAUUUCCUGCAGCUGUUUAACAUUUCUUGCGAGCUCGCCUAUAUUUUCCAGCCCUGGUCAACGGACCUUUAUUUCUUUCUGUUUUAUCUAUUAUAUAGCUACUUGACAGACAGGUAGAAAGACAGCGUUACUUGGGAAGAAGGCCAUAUUGUGUUCCUAAAGGAGGAUACUGUUUGACAAGAAAUGACUGUUGUCUUAAGCCGUCGAAAAGAUUUAAAUAUAAAUGUGCCCACUGGCAAGUAAAGUAUGUUGGAGUAAUUCACCAUAUAUUUUAUAUGAACAUAAAUUCAGAAGUUCAAUGACCAGUCAUGUAUCUAUGACAGUAAUGUGCAGUUCAACUGCUGGUAUGAAGACAUGAAUGAUAUUUUGAUCAUGAAUUUUUAAUGAUGCGAGGAGAACUCUAAAACAUAAAUAUGGAUGAAUAUAAAUAAACAGAGAAAUGUUUUUCGUUCUUCAUUUCAGCUACAAGAAAAGAAAUUGCUACUGAAUCUCGAUGAGAACCACCAGAGACCCGAAGAUGAAAGACAGGAAUAACAAUACGAACAUAAUUAAAAAUUGAUUUGUGGGAAUAAUUUUAAUUCAUUGAAAUGACUCUUAGUUUGAAUAUAUAUAUCAUCUAUGAAGUAAACACAAUUAUUUAGUAUUUUUACACAAAUGAACAUAACAAAUCCUACACGUUGAUUGGUCAAAUUUGACGUAAUAAGCUGUUAUAUUCACCUACAGGUGAAUAUAACAAAACAGAAAUUUUCAAAAUGGCGGCUAACCCGUUUUGUGGAAGUUUACUGACAAAGAAAUAAGCGAAAUUAAAAUAAAUUCAGUCUCAAAAAAACACAAAAGCUUGUGUAAAAAUACUAAAACAAUUAUUCGCCUCAGGCUCGGUGAUUAUCGGGAAAUUUUAACCUCGAUUUCGUCUCGGCGAAUAUUCCCCGAUAAACACCUCGCCUUCGGCGAAUAAUUGUUAAAUAUUACAACGAAUUUAAUGAAUAAAUAUUUACAUCGGUGCAUAUGUGGGUGCAUAUUUGUUUAUUUAUUUAUUUAUUUAUUUAUUUACUAAGCUUCCUCGUCCAAUAAUACUUAUACAGUCACAAGAACAAAACGGCUCAGGAAUAUCAACACAGCGUGAACCAAUAACGUUGAUGACUACAUUCAAUGUACACGAUAUAAAACAUACAUGCAUGUACACACAAUACACUCAUUCGACAACCACGUCACAAAUUCUUCGCCAGCGCGGGAGCCCCACUCCGAUGAAAUAUGAGCGAACAGCCUUUCGAAAAGUUUGUGACGCAUCCCUAGCCCCCAUGGUUUAUACCCCUUGUCCCCAGAAGCUGAUGAUGGUUCUCGAUGAGUUUCCAUCCUGCAUUCUUUAAUAAGUUGCUGUUUCAACCUUCUGACGUCGAGAAAUAAACGAAUUCGAUAAGACAAUGUUCGGCCAUUAUUCUGAGAUGCCGUCCUUCAUAAGACACUUUGUUCACUUUUUAAAUGGUGUGGUUCUUAGAAGGGCUAAUACGAAGCCAGAUUUGCAAUCCUAUUUCACUCAGAGUGUAUCGCCGUUGAGAUCCCAUCCUUCUUCUUGUUAAAAAGUUCCUCGCAGCACUGACAUGAUCAGAGGCAGCCUCAAAAGAGUAACUUGGAGGCAUCUUCUGUUCUGAUUCUGUUCUGAUAUAUUCUUCGAGCAUGAUGAGGCCCCGUCCACACCUAUCCGGAUUCAUUUCUCCGUCCACACGUAUCCGCCCACCGUAACCGCAACCUUUUGAAAACGGUCUCCAGGGUGGAAACUUUGGCAAACGAAUUCGGAUACGUGUGAACGGGGCCUUGGUUGCUGAACGUGAUGAGGUUUCGCACGCUUCAGUCAUGACAGUCUUCAAUGAGCAGUCUCAACAUGCGCACGGAGCGCUAAAGUAAAAGAAAGGUCCGUUAAACAAUUGUUUUAAAA